UCGCCCCGCUCCGCUGUUGCGCCGCCGCGCCACCCCCUUUUCUCUCGCGAGGACGCCCUGGCGUUGGUGCCGGAAGCUGCUUUUGCGCGGCGGGCGGAGGGAGAGGGCGGGGAAGGCCGGCGGCUUUGCGUAGGCCUAGGGCGCAACUCUGGCAGGUGCCGCCGUUGUAAGGGCUCUGCGCCAAAGGCUGGUGGCCGGUGCUCCCGAGGCUUCUAACUGGGCGUCGUUGUAGGGCCGCCCCCAUGCUGCGUUUUCCGACCUGUUUCCCAUCCUUCCGGGUGGUGGGAGAGAAGCAGUUGCCGCAGGAGAUCAUUUUCCUUGUCUGGUCCCCCAAGCGGGAUCUCAUUGCUUUGGCCAACACUACCGGCGAGGUUUUACUUCAUCGACUUGCAAGUUUUCAACGAGUUUGGAGUUUUCCACCAAAUGAAAAUACAGGGAAAGAAGUGACCUGUCUGGCUUGGAGACCAGAUGGCAAACUUUUGGCCUUUGCUCUCGCUGAUACCAAGAAAAUUAUUUUGUGUGAUGUAGAAAAGCCUGAAAGCUUGCACUCUUUCUCUGUGGAAGGUCCAGUUUCCUGUAUGCAUUGGAUGGAAGUGACUGCGGAAAGCAGUGUUUUAACGUCCUUUUAUAAUGCUGAGGAUGAAUCCAAUCUUCUCUUGCCUAAGCUGCCCACGUUGCCAAAAAAUUACAGCAGCACCUCAAAAAUAUUUAGUGAAGAAAAUUCUGAUGAAAUUAUUAAGCUCUUGGGAGAUGUCAGGCUUAACAUUCUUGUCCUUGGAGGAAGCUCUGGAUUUAUUGAGCUUUAUGCUUAUGGAAUGUUCAAAAUCGCCCGAGUCACAGGGGUUGCUGGCACUUGUCUUGCUCUGUGUUUAUCAAGUGAUUUGAAGUCGUUAUCCGUGGUCACAGAGGUUUCUACUGCUGGUGCCUCAGAAGUUUCUUACUUUCAGCUUGAAACCAAUCUUUUGUACUCCUUCUUACCUGAAGUAACUCGAAUGGCCAGAAAGUUCACUCAUAUUUCAGCUCUCUUACAGUAUAUAAAUUUGUCACUGACGUGUAUGUGUGAGGCAUGGGAAGAAAUACUGAUGCAGAUGGAUUCUCGCCUCACUAAGUUUGUGCAGGAAAAAACUACAACCACAUCAGUACAAGAUGAAUUUAUGCACUUGCUGUUGUGGGGGAAAGCAAGUGCUGAACUUCAGACCCUUUUGAUGAACCAGUUAACAGUAAAGGGCUUAAAAAAGCUUGGCCAGUCUAUAGAGUCAUCAUAUUCGAGUAUACAAAAAUUGGUUAUAAGUCAUUUACAGAGUGGCUCAGAGUCUUUACUGUAUCAUUUGAGUGAGCUGAAAGGAAUGGCUUCAUGGAAGCAAAAGUAUGAGCCUCUAGGACUGGAUGCCGUGAGCAUCGAAGAGGCUAUUACUGCUGUGGGUUCUUUCAUCCUCAAGGCAAAUGAACUUCUCCAAGUUAUAGAUAGCAGUAUGAAAAACUUCAAGGCAUUUUUCCGGUGGCUGUAUGUGGCAAUGCUGAGAAUGACAGAAGACCACGUGCUUCCUGAGCUGAAUAAGAUGACUCAGAAGGAUAUCACAUUUGUUGCCGAAUUUCUCACUGAGCAUUUCAAUGAGGCUCCAGAUCUUUAUAAUCGGAAAGGAAAAUACUUUAACGUUGAGCGAGUUGGUCAGUACUUGAAAGAUGAAGAUGAUGAUCUUAUGUCACCCCCCAACACAAAAGGCAACCAGUGGUAUGACUUCCUCCAGAGCAGCAGCCACCUUAAAGAAAGUCCUUUGCUGUUUCCUUAUUACCCUCGAAAAUCAUUACAUUUUGUGAAAAGAAGGAUGGAGAAGAUUAUUGAUCAGUGUUUGCAAAAGCCAGCAGAUGUAAUUGGAAGAUCGAUGAAUCAAGCAAUCUGUAUUCCGUUAUAUAGAGAUGCUAGGAGUGUGGACUCUGCACGUAGAUUGUUAAAAUUUCCAUUUCUGUGGAAUAAUAAAACUUCAAAUGUACAUUAUCUUCUUUUUACUAUUUUAGAAGAUUCGCUUUAUAAAAUGUGCAUCUUAAGGAGACAUACUGAUAUUUCUCAAUCUGUAAGUAAUGGACUAAUUGCUGUUAAAUUUGGGAGCUUCACAUAUGCCACAACUGAAAAAGUCAGAAGAAGCACCUACAGUUGCUUAGACGCCCAAUUUUAUGAUGAUGAGACUGUAACGGUCAUUCUUAAAGACACUCUGGGACGUGAAGGAAGAGACAGGCUCUUGGUCCAGUUGCCAUUGUCUUUAGUGUAUAACAGUGAAGAUUCUGCAGAAUAUCAGUUCACAGGGACUUACUCCUCAAGGCUGGAUGAACAGUGCAGCAUCAUUCCCACACGUACCAUGCAUUUUGAGAAGCACUGGAGGUUACUGGAAAGUAUGAGAGCACAGUAUGUGGCUGGGAAUGGCUUUCGAAAAGUGUCCUGUGUGCUAAGCUCAAACCUCCGUCAUGUGAGAGUGUUUGAAAUGGACAUCGACGACGAAUGGGAGCUCGAUGAAUCCUCAGAUGAGGAGGAGGCCAGAGGGAAGUCCAUGAAGAUCAAGGAGGAAGUGUUGUCGGAGGCAGAGGCAGAGGGUCACCCAGCUGUGGCCCUAACUCCAGAGAUAGUCAUCAAAGUGGAAAAACUUGACCCUGAGUUGGACUCGUGACGCAGUUUGACAGUGUGUGUUAACGUGGCAAAAUGACAUAGAGGGUGGAUUACGAUGGUGUGGCGCAUGUUUAAUUGUCUUUGUGUAACGAAGAAAUAAACAGUAAAAUUUACUUCUUCA